AAUGAGCAGACCUGAUUAACAGGAGCUCAGUUUUUAUUCCCAGUAGACUCAACUAGCAGAAGGGGAAGAGAAGAUCUGGGGCUCAUUGCCAGAGAAACAUUGCUCAAUGUAAAUAUUUGAAGGCAUCUUUAGAAUGUCCUUAUCAUAGGGAGCCCUGAAGCUUUUGUACUCUGCAAGUUUUCAAGUCAGCAACAGCCUUGUAGAUAACUAUGGCAAAGAGUUUUUAAUGUGGAUUUUUAGUGCAAAGAAAGCUAAAACCAAGCUGACCAGAAAGACUGGAAUUUCUGCUCACUCUCUCUCUCUCUCUUUCUCUCGCCCACUCAUUGGAUUUGUCUCUCUGCAAGCCCUUUAAACCAGAGAUUACUGGGUCAGUGACUCUUAUUAUCCCUCUUAUGCCCGUAUCCUCUUGUUUUCAAGCUCCUGAAGGAAUAUUCCUACUUGUGGGGAUACAGACUUAUUCUUCUUAGUGAUUUCAAUAUCAGAGUUGGAAAGGACUCUAACCUCUGGAAUGGAACCAUCAGCAAGGAAGAAGUAGCAAAGGUCAACUCCAAUGACAUCCUCCUCUUAACCAAAUGUGUGGAACAGUGAUUCACCAUCACCAGCACUGUUCCAACAGAAAAAAACAGACACAAGACGUCAUGGCAACACCCAUGAUCUAAGCAUUGGCAUCGGGUUGACUGUCAUCGUUCAUGCCCAGGAUUGCAAAGAUGUCUGCAUCACCUAAACUAUGCUUGGAUAUGAUGAUUGACUCAUCUGCUCGGUUAUAUCACUCAGACUGACUCCCAAACAAUGGCUGCAGAAGAAGAAACGCUGACAGAAGAUCAAAACUGAAGGACCCAAGCAAGUGAAACCUCUUCCACCAGCGCAUAAACAAAAACUGACCCACAAUACCACCCCCACAGACCAUGCUGGAGCCCCUCAUCCCCAACCUGCAAUCCCCCCCAACCCCUGUUGAUAGCCUCAACAAAAACUGAUGAAUUCCAUUCAGCAAUAAUGGGAGAAUGUCAGCAGCAUUUGGAGUGCCCUCGCAGCCAGUGUCAUCAGCACCUGUAAAGAGACACUUGGAUUCUCUACCAGGAAACAACAAGACUGGCUUAAUGAGAAUGACUGGGAGAUCCAAGAAUUAAUCAAUUGCAAAUGCAAGGCCUUGUUCCCUGGCAAAAUGACACCAACUCCAAACAAAAGAAAUUGAAUCUCCAAGAAGCCAAGCCAGAGGUCCAAAGGAAGACCUGCAAAAUGAAGAACAAAUGGUGGGAAGACAAGGCUAAGGAGAUUCAACAACUUGCUGACAUCCACAAUAUGCACAGUUUCUUUAGUGCCACCAAAGCCAUCUAUGGCCCAAGCAAUCAGGGACCAGCCCCCUUAAGACAUAUGGAUGGAGGAGACUGAUUAAGUAAAGGGGAGCCAUUGAUGCCCACUGGGAGGAGCAUUUUGAAGACCUUCUCAGUUGAGAUUCUGUUGUUGAUGCGAGUGUUCUCAACUUCAUCCUGGAACACCCAGUCAGAGAUAUCUUCCAACCCUUGAUGAGAUGAAGAAAGCUAUCAAGCAGAUAAAGAAUGACAAGGAUUUUGGGGUAGAACCCCACAAAAAUCUUUAAGUAGGGAGGAGAGGAGCUCACAUCACAGUUCCAUGCCCUCAUCUUAAGGAUCUGGAAUGAUAAGGAAAUCCCAGGGGACCUCAGGGAGGCCAUGACUGUAACAAUCUUCAAGAAAGGCGAGAAAUCUGACUAAAAAUUACAGAGGGAUCAUCUUGCUGUCUACCACAGGAAAGAUUAUUGUGAUAACCCUCCUGAUCUGUCUCCUUCCACCUGCUGAAGAGCUCCUGCCAGAAUCUGUGUGGGUUUAGGGCAUCAAGAGGCACAACUGACAUGAUCUUCACAGGUCUCCAGCUCCAGGAACAACACAAGCCUCUCUAGUUGGCCUUCUUUGAACUCAUGAAAGCUUUUGACUCAGUCAGCCAGGAAGUGUCUUAGGAGGAGACUUCUGAAGAACGGAUACCCACUGAAAUUUGUCAGCAUUCUUUGCCUGCUCCAUGAUGGCAUGAGUGAGGUGGCUCUCAGCAAUGGAUCUAUUACAGAUCCCUUUGAGGUUAAAAUGGGAGUUAAGCAAGGCUGCUGCAUUGCUUCAACACUCUUCUUAAUAUUUCUUGCCAUGAUGUUACAUCUGAACACCAACAGGCUUCCAGCCAAAGUGGAACUAAACUACCAAAUGGAUGGACUUGCAAACUUUUAAAGCACUACAAGAGCGCAUUCAUCAUUUUGUCAGGAUUGAUCAAGGAGUUUUUUGAAAACCCAAGGGUACUUUAAAAGGCACACUUGUCCAAAUUUCAAUUGAAGGGGCAUAUUUCAUAGAAAACAUACAGUAGUGGUUGCUUGUGACUAAAGCCCUGUGCUUUGAUUAUAUGGUGAAAAUCUUCUGGAGGAAGAAGAGAAGACCUCUUUUGUUAAGGACUUUUGUACUAGUUGAAGGGAGUGGAUUUCUCAUCAUAAUAUGAAGCCUCUUAAGAACAGCUGGCUGUUUCCACUGCUCACUGUUAUCCUGAGAUGCGUCUGUUCCUCCUUUAUCAGUGUCAACCGUGGGGUAAAAGUGAUGAAGGGACAGUCUGUCUUCCUGUCAAAAGAUGACCUGCAGUUUUCUAUCCCCAGAGUGAAAGAUGCCUGCAAAGUGGAAGUUGUGAUUAAUGAGCCAAUAACACAGAGGGUUGGGAAACUAACUCCACAGAUUUUUGACUGUCAUUUCCUUCCUGAUGAAGUCAAGUAUACUCACAAUGGCUGUCCCAUUUUAGAUGAAGACUCGGUCAGGCUUAGGCUGUACAGGUUUACAGAAACUGAAACAUUCACAGAAGCAUUCACUCUUCAGGUGCAGUUACUUGAGCCAGACUGCAAUGUCAUCAAAAUGAGUUCCAACAUCUUGGAAGUCCCUGAGUUUUAUGGACUGUCCAGAGUGAUUGACAGGAAUGUGCUCACUUUUGACUAUGACAGGAGGAUAAACCUAGAGUGUGUCAUUUCAAUGGCCUCCUUAGAAACUCAUCUACCAGCCCAUGGUCAAGUUGUCAUUGGAGAACCUCAACAGGAAGAACCUCGUGGAGACCAACCACAUAGCUUCUUUUCCACUUCUAAGCAGAGAGCAGCCCAGAGCUGCAGGAAUGGGAACUGCACUCCAGGACUGAAGACCAUUCAAAUCACCAAAAUGAGCUGCGGGGAAUUUCUGCUGACUGGGAUUCGGUAUCAGCAUCUUGAUCCUCCUUCACCCGACAUUGAUUAUAUUCCUAUCCGACUGGAUCUCAUGGACAGCAGAAGCAAAAUUCUGCACAAGACAGAGUAUGCCUGGCUCCCUGUCCGUAUCAAAGGUGCCAUUCCCAACCAGAUCCCCAAAGCUGCCUUCAUGGCAACAUUCGUCUUGGAGGUAGACCAGUUUAUUUUGAGUCCUGUGACAACAGCAACAAUAGAUGCUGAAGACAGUGAAACACCUAAAUCCUUGCUAGUUUUCAACAUUACCAAGGAACCACCACAGGGCUACAUCACUCAUCUGUCAGACCACACCAGGCCUAUCACCUCUUUCACAUGGAAAGAUCUCAGUGAGGUGCUUAUAGCAUAUCAGCCUCCAAACAACAGCCAUACAGAGAGGAGGAAUUAUGAGGUGGAGUUUGAGAUUCAUGACUUAUAUUUUGAAAGGAGUUCACCAAUCACUGUCCAUAUUUCUAUUAGAACAACAGAUACAAAUGCUCCUCGGGUUUCAUGGAACACAGGUCUCUAUCUCCUGGAGGGGCAAUCCCGACCAAUCACAUGGCAACAGUUUCAAAUUGUAGACAAUGACAACAUUAGUGGUGUUCGUUUGGUCACAAUUGAUGGCUUGCAUCAUGGGCACCUCACUGUAAGAGGAGGGAAAGGAUUCAUGUUCACAGUCUCUGAUCUUAAGACUGGAGUUGUUUGCUACCAUCACGAUGACAGUGACUCUACAAAGGAUUUUGUGGUCUUUAGGAUUUUUGAUGGCCGACACAGUAUUCGUCACAAGUUUCCAAUCAACAUUCUGCCUAAAGAUGACAGUCCUCCUUUCCUUAUCAGCAAUGUUGUUAUUGAAGUGUAUGAAGGGCAGACAGUUUUGAUUCAAGGCUCCAUGCUUCAGGCUUCUGACAUGGACUCCAGUGAUGACUACAUAUUCUUUAAUUUGACCAAACCAUUGCAGGCUGGGGAAAUUAUGAAGAAACCGGGGCCAGAUCUCAUAGGAUAUCCUGUCACUGGCUUCUUUCAGAGAGAUCUAUUCAAUGGAAUAAUUUAUUAUCGGCACUUUGGAGGAGAAAUAUUUGAAGAUUCCCUGGAGUUUGUCCUUUGUGAUAGCCAUGACCCUCCCAAUCUCUCAGAGUCACAGGUGGUGAUAGUGCAUAUUAUUCCUGUGGAUGAUCAGCUUCCAAAAGAAGAUUCAGGGGUUACCCGUCACCUGAUUGUCAAGGAAACUGAGAUUGCUUAUCUAACUAAGAAACAGCUCCAUUUCAUAGACAUGGAAGAAAAAGAGAGGGACCUCAUCUACACAGUAACCACUUCCCCAUUCUUCUCUUCCAUUCAUGGCCACUUUGAGGCUGGAAAGUUAUUUAUGGUGGACAGCAUACCCAAGCUAGUCAAGGAUCCUACUGCUCUGGCACUGAGAUCAUUCACUCAGCAUGCCGUGAACUACAUGAAAGUUGCCUACAUGCCUCCUAUCCAGGACAUUGGACCUGAGCCACAGCAUGUCCAGUUUGUUUUUUCAGUCAGCAAUCAACAUGGUGGGAACUUGUUUGGGAUCUGCUUUAACAUUACAAUUCUUCCUGUCGACAAUCAAACUCCUGAGGUAUUUACCAGCCAUAUGAAAGUGGAAGAAGGGGGACUGUGUACCAUUACCUGGGGGCACAUUCUCCUCUCAGAUAUGGACACAAAACUGGAGAACCUCCACAUCUGCCUCCAGAGACAGCCUCUGCAUGGAGCUGUUUUGCUAGAUGGCUUUGCUAUGAGUGAAGGCGACAGAUUUGCCUGUGAGGAUCUGCACACUCUUAAAGUCAGGUAUCAGCAUGAUGACUCUGAGACUCUGAAUGAUGACAUCCUCUUUGUAGCUACAGAUGGCUUUCAUUCUGUAGAGUUCAUCUUACAGGUCAAGGUGCUACCUGUGAAUGAUGAGCCACCUGUCAUGAAAGCUGGCCUCAUUCCCCUAAUACAGUGUCUGGAAGGGGAGGAAGUAGUUAUCACUCCAGAGCAUAUUUAUGCCACUGAUGCAGACAGUGAUGACAUGAGGCUGAUGUUUAUCCAGGCUCGAAAGUCCUACCAUGGGGUGGUGAGGAAAGCUGGUAACAUUGUGGAUCGAUUCUCCCAAGCUGAUGUUGUCUCUGGCGUAGUGACCUACAAGCACACUAGUGGAGAGAUUGGCCUGAAUCCUUGUUUUGACACCCUAACCUUUGUUAUCUCUGAUGGUGAAGCUGGCCCAGAUGUCAAUGACUGCUGUUUUGAUGGACCUCUUCCUCCUCCAGUACCACUUCAUGAUUCGUUUCCAGUAUAUGAUCUAAACAUUACUAUACUUCCAGUGGACAACCAGCCACCAUCCAUUGCAACUGGUGCCAUGUUUGUUGUGGAUGAGGGUUUCUCAGCUGUGCUUACUACUAACCAUUUGUUUGCCACUGACCCUGACACCACAGUCGAUGACUUAGAGUUUGUUUUGGUUUCUCCUCCCCAGUGUGGUUACAUUGAAAAUAUACAACCUUCUCCUGGUUUUGAAAAGAGCAACAUUGGUAUAAGUAUAGCUUCAUUUCAGCUUAAACAUCUGAAAGCCUUCCAGGUCAACUAUGUACAGUCCAGGCAUGUGAGGAUGGAACCAACUUCAGACCAGUUUAUGCUUUAUGUCACUGAUGGGAAGCAUCAUUCAGUAGAGACACCAUUUUAUGUCCUGAUCAACCCAACAAAUGAUGAAGUCCCAGAAUUCAUAGCAAGGAACAUUACUGUGCAGGAGGGGCAGAUAAAAGAACUGGAUCCCUUUGUAAUUAACGCAGUUGAUUUGGAUGUACCUCAGGAUUGCUUGAUAUUUACUAUUGCUCAGAAGCCCCUGCAUGGAAUCCUCAUUAGUGGAGCUUAUGGUAAUGAUAUCAUGCAUUACAAACAGCGAACUAGCAAUCACCACAACCAUGGAUAUCCUGUGCAUGACUUUUCUAUGGAGCUUCUUAAGAAUGGAAUGAGGUUGAUGUACAUGCAUGAUGACUCUGAGAAUCUCGCUGAUGGUUUUACAAUCCAGCUAUCAGAUGGGAAACAUAAAGUCCUCAGAACCAUUUCAGUAAAGGUCAUUCCAGUUAAUGAUGAGAAACCAGUACUGAGCAAGAAGGAUGAGAUAGAGGUGAACAUGGGUGAAACUCGAAUCAUUUCUAGUGCUGUUCUGUCAGCCGAAGAUAAAGACACCCCCAGGGAAAGAAUUUACUAUUUAUUUGAAAGAAUUCCAGAAAAUGGGCAGCUUCAGCUCAAGGUAGGCAGGGACUGGGUGACUCUCCAAACUGGAAUGAACUGCACUCAGGAAGAAAUAGAUCUGAACCUUGUGAGAUAUGUGCAUACAGGAGCUAUAGGAUCCAAGAUCCAAGACAGUUUCACAUUUCAUCUGUGGGAUGGAGACAACCAGUCCCCAGCACUGGACUUCUUCAUCAGCGUCAAGGACAUGGAGAAGGGAGAUAUUGCUGUUUUUAUAAGGCCACUUACUGUGUCGAAGGGGGAUAGAAGCUACAUAACGACUGAUGCCCUUCUUGCUAUUGAUGGAACUGACAAACCAGAGGAACUCCUUUAUGUGAUAACAUCUCCACCUCAGUAUGGACAGAUAGAGUACGUCAGCUUUCCGGAAAUCCCCAUCACAAGUUUCAGCCAAAUGGAUAUAGCAGACCAGGCAGUCUGCUAUGUCCACAGUAGCAAGGCAGCUGCUCCUGAAGAUACAUUCAGAUUCAUCAUCAGCAAUGGACUGAAGACUAAACAUGGGAUGUUCACGAUCACUCUGGAGACAAUGGACCAAGCUUUGCCUACAGUAUCUAGGAACAAAGGGUUAAGAUUAGUGGAAGGCGCUAUGGCACUCAUUUCUCCUGAUGUCCUGCAGAUUUCAGACCCAGACACUUCCUCAGAGAACCUUACAUUCCUCUUGGCACAGCUCCCUCAAUAUGGCCAACUGUAUUACCGAGGGGCUGUACUCCUGCAGCACAAUUUCACCCAGCAAGAUGUGGACAACAUGGAUGUAGCAUAUAAACAUGGAGGAGGGGAUUCCCAGAUUGACAGAUUUACAUUUGUGGCAACAGAUAGGACUAAUCAAGGCUUCAUCAUCAAUCGGAGGAUGCAAGUAGAGCCGGUGGCAUUCACCAUUCAGGUGGACCAUUUGGACAGAACUGCACCAAAAAUUGUUCAUCUCCAUUGUUCUUGUAAUGUGGAGCUCCUGAAGAAUGGCAAUUUUGGGAUUUAUAUUACUGCCAGGUCCCUGAAAGCAUCUCACCCCAAUAUAGAAGAUGACCAAAUCAUCUUUAAGAUUUUACAAGGUCCUCGCUAUGGCUACCUGGAAAAUACAACAACAGGCAGGUGCAUCCAGGAGGAAUUCAGCCAAAAAGAUUUAAAUAGCAAAAUCGUACUUUAUGUCAUCAAUCCAACUUGGGCAGUGAAUUCAGACAGCUUGGAGUUUCAAGUCACAGAUCCCACUGGGAGCUCUGGCACCUCCCAAAUUCUGGAACUGAAGUGGUCUCGAAUUGAAAUGCAACAGGCUGCAUAUGAAGUGUGUGAGAAUGUGGGAAUCUUGUCUUUGAAAAUCACCAGGUCAGGGCAUUCCACAGACUCUGCCUUUGUCACAGUGAAGGUCAAUGAAGCGUCUGCUAUACUUGGCAAGGAUUUUACUAUACCUCCUUCUAAGCUCAUUCAGUUUGAUCCAGGAAUGUCAACCAAGAAGUGGAAUAUAGUAAUUACCUAUGACGGAUUAGAGGAAGACGAUGAAGUCUUUGAAGUAGUUCUGAACUCCCCUGUGAAUGCAAUUCUUGGCACCAGGACAAAAGCUGUAGUGAAAAUUUUGGACUCAAAAGGAGGUCAGUGCAGCUUUUUCCAUUCCUCUGGCCAAAGCAAGCACAACUUACGGAGGACAGAUGCAUUGCUUCCAGUUUCCUCCAGCUCCUUAUUGCCCUCCAGCCCUGGCACCGUUCACUUGGAAAGGAUCCCAUUGUCUUCUUCCAAAGGGAUGAUGAUGCUGAAGGGGAAUAUGCUACCGGAAUUCAAGUUGGUGAAUCGGUCAAGGACUAGACUAAGAGCAGUUGGAAAUAGCAAAAUAGUUCAUCCAUCAUCCGUGUUUAGAAAUGGAACUGAUGUGGUUUUUAAAUAUCAUGGGUUGGUAUCUCUCAGAGUAGAAGAAGAUACUUCAUCAGCUAAUGCAAACAAAAAGGCUGAAGUGUUGGUAAUUAACCAAGGGGAGCUGAAAAGCAAUGUGGUCUCCUCCAGGAAGACAGAAGUCCCACAAGCUGAUAAGGCAGAGCUGACAUCUGUAUUACAUUCUAGCCAUCAGGAUUUGGGUCUCUCCUUUCCAAAGGGCUGCACAUCAGAUUUAAAGGGGCUCUUGCAUUAUGAAGAAAGGGUCCAAAAAUUAUUUCAGUGUGAUGGCAUUUCAUGGAAGUUAUGGGAUUCAAAAAACAAGAUAGUUAACCUGAAAAAAUGCCCCUCUGGAUGGAGCCAUCAUGAUGGUAGCUGCUAUUUCCUAAUAGCUGAUCACAAGGUCACCUGGAAUACCGCUGCUCAGGCUUGCCGGGAACAGUACUUUGGGAAUCUAGCAAGUGUGGUCACUAAACAACACAUGCAGUGGUUGUGGAACUUCAGUGGAAGGAAGCCUUUUUGGAUAGGCUUGAAUGACCAAGAAAAUCCUGGCCAUUGGGAGUGGAAUGGAGGAGAACCAGUCACUUACACAAACUGGAGAACAGUCUCUUCUCGUCUUUCAAGGAAGGGAAAGAAUUGUGUUUUGGUACAGAGGCAAGGGAAAUGGCAAGCAGCAGAUUGCAGAAAAGGCAGACGACACAAUUAUGUGUGUUCAAGAAAGCUGUAAACCAAACUGACAUUCCAGUGCUCAUAUGGCCUUUUUGGUGCACACAGUGUUUCUAAAUUAUAUUUAUUUGCAGUAUUGUGAAGAUAUCGAUGUAGGGAAACAAUGUUAUUAUCACUAACAUUUAUUUUUAUGGCCCUGUCAUGGUCUACUACACUCACAUCAAGUAGACUGUGCAAGUGAGCAGAUAAGAACAACGUUAAGUAUUGCAACAGAGACACGGGGGAAAAAAAUGUUUCUCAUUAGGGGCAACUUCAGAUUGGAUCCCGAAUUUAAUCACUACAAAGUUGCAGCAGAAUGGUGAGGUUGAGCUUGCUAUAACAAUAAGGGCCACUUGCAAAAGUCAGACCUGAGUCCAGUUUCAUGUUUCAGAUCCCUCCCCUCUGCCUGCCACCCCCCCCCCCAAAAAAAGUAUUUGAUUUAUUUGUUCUAAUAAGUUCAGAAAAUGUUGUGACUUUAUUUCUGCAUUCAUUUACUGUUUAAAUACAAAUAACCUGAAACAAUACUUGGCCUACAUGUUCCUUACUCAAAAAAUGUAAAUGUCCUGUUGUUUGAAUUCAGCAGUGAUAACACCUACACUUUUAUUUAUUUCCACCCCGACCCAUAGUUGCAGGGAGAGGAAUAGGGCUGGAAUAUUGAGCUAUGGUGCUGGUCAGGUUUGGCUAGAUCAUAGAAUCAUAGAAAAUUAGGGUUGGAAGGGACCUCAGGAGGUCAUAUAGUUCAACCCCUUGCUCAAAGCAGGACCAACUAGAUCAUCCCAGCCUGGAUUCUGUUAAUUGGGCCUUAAAAACCUCGAAGGUUGGAAAUUCCACUGCCUCUUUAGGUAACUUGUUCCAGUGCUUCACCACUCUCCUAGUGAGAGAGUUUUUCCUAAUAUUGAAUCUAAACCUCCCUUGCUGCAACUUGAGACUGUUGCUCCUUUUUCUGUCAUCUGCCACCACUGAGAACAGUCCAUCUCCAUCUUCUUUUGAACUACUCCUCAGGUAGUUAAAGGCUGCUAUCAAAUCUCCUUUCAGUCUUCUCUUCUCCAAACUAAAUAAACCCAGUUCCCUCAGCCUCUCCUAAUAAGCCAUGAGCCCUAGCCCCCAAACCAUUUUCAUAGCUCUCCGCUGGACUCUCUCCAGCUUGUCUCCAACUUGUCCCAAAACUGGACACAGUACUCCAGAUGUGACCUCACCAGUGCAGAACAGAGCAGAAUAAUUACUUUCUGGAUCUGCUGGCAACACUCCUACUAAAGCACCCCAGUGUGCUGUUAUCCUACUUGGCAACAAAGGCACACUGCUGACUCAUAUUUAUCUUAUUGUCCACUGUAACCCCCAGAUACUUUUCUGCAGAGCUGCUGAUUAGCCAGCCGGUCCUCAGGCUUUCAGUGCAUGGGAUUCAUCAUAGAAGGCAAUCAGGUUGGUUAGGCAUGGCACCAGUUAUCUCAUCAUAGAGGGCAAUCAGGUUGGUCAGGCAUGACUUGCUCCUGGUGAAUCAUAGAAUCAUACAAAAUGAGGGUUGGAAGGAGUCUCAGGAGGUCAUCCAGUCCAACCCGCCGCUCAAAGCAGUACCAUCCCCAACUAGAUCAUCCCAGCCAAAGCUCUGUCUAGACAGAUUUUGAAAACCUCCAAGGAUGGCACUUCUACCACCUCUCUGGGUAACCUGCUUCAGUGUUUUACUACCCUUCUAGUGAGAAAAUUCUUCCUAAUAUCUAACCUAAACUUCUCUUGCUGCAACUUGAGACCGUUGCUCCUUAUUCUGUCAUCUGCCAUCACUGAGAACAGUCGAGCUCCAUCCUCUUUCAUACCCCGCUUCAAGUAGUUGAAGGUUGCUAUUAAACCCCCCUCAAUCUCCUCUUCUCUAGACUAAAUAAGCCCAGUUCCCCCCAGUCUUUCCUCAUAAGUCAUGUCCCCCAGCCCCCUCACCAUUUCUGUUGCCUUCCACUGGACUCUCUCCAAUUUGUCCACAUCCUUUCUGCAGUGAGUGCCCAAAACUGAACACAGUACUCCAGAUGUGGCUUCAUCGGCGCUGAAUAGAGGGGGCAAAGUCAAAAGCUCCAGGUGAGGAGCAUGAAUCCAGCAUGAAUCCAUGUUGACUUCGUAAUCGCUGUCUUCUCCUCCAAGUGCUUAGAAAUGGAUUCUUUGAGGACCUGCUCCAUGAUUUUUCCAGGGACUGAAGUGAAGUUGACUGGUCUGUAGUUUCCCAGAUCAUCCUUCUUUCCUUUCUUAAAGAUGGGUACUAUUAUUUGCCCUUUUCCAAUCAUCCAGGACCUUCCCUGAUUUUCAAGGAUAAUGGCCAGCAGCUCUAUAAUCACAGUCAGGGGUGAAAACACACCCAUGCUCCUGAGCUGGAUCCAGAUUGCAAGAAACCUCAUAGAUCUAAUUUGAUUCUGGAGCCAGCAGUGGUAAUGGGGUAAGCAACGGUGCUGGGAGGUUGCUAAGGCUAUGGUUUACCCCCUGCCCUUGCCAUCAGUUGCUUACCCCUUCCCUUGCCAACAAAGCUUGGUAGCUAGGAAUUUGGCAGCAGGCCUCUCCCCCAAAUUCCCAGUCCCUCUAAGAGUCCUGUGGGCCGCAUUCCACCUGUAGAGCAUAUGUUCAGCACGCCUGUGCAACUUGGUAGGUUGGGUGAGGACUUGGCAUUUUUUUAUCUCCAAUAAGACAAAACUCUUUUUUCCUCUCCCCACUUUUCCUGCAUCUGCAUAAGUCCAUGUAACUCCAAAAUCUUUAGAUCCUGAUUAGAUCUGCCCACUGGGCCCCUGCUGCAGAGCUAGAACUUUCCUGAGCAAUAGGAACAGAAAGAAAUUAUGCUGAUUUACUUUACGGUCUAUAUCAAACCUGACCAGUGUCUAUAGCCAGGGGAGGAUGAUGCUAUAAUUUUGUUUUCUAUUUCAAAGUGUAAGUCAAUAAUGGAAUCUCAGUGAGUCUUGUGCUAAUCCAAGGGAUGUUUCAUGCAUAUAUCAGGGUUAGUCUCCAGUAGGGUAUUUGACCAGUCAAAUCACGUUCAGUCAAUUGACCGGUCAAAUAUUGGUCAAAAAUUGUAAAAAAAAUUUUCAGUGGGCCCAACUAAUAUGCAGAAAAAAGCACAAAUUUUCCACUAAGAAAUGUGCCAAAAAACAAACAAAAAAUCAUAUUUCUGUCAAGAAAACUACAAAAAAUGUAGUCUGUCUUUUUCUUUCUUUCUGUAAAAUUGCUAUAAUCUUUGGUCAAAAAUAUGCAGUCAAUGGACCAGACAAUUAACUGGCUUUCUGACCCUAGUUUCCAGAGUGUCAUGUGAUUUUUCAAUAUGUUAACACCAAUGGCAUUUGCACCAUGUAUAUACAGGUGAUCCCUGUUAUUGUAAUAUAUUUUUUGUACUGAAGCAUAUUUAGCUUUUUUUCCCUUAGCAAUCUAAGUCCUCAUUUGUGAUUUGAGGCCUUUUAUUUAAAAAAAAAAAAAAUCAAAAGAUGAGUUCUCAUAAAGUCAUAGAAAUUUAGAAAUAUAACUUAAUGUGUACAUCACAGAGUUGUCAUGCCUAAGGAAUCUGCCAAAGGAAGCUUUUGGUUUUGUAUAUCAGUAUUGCUGACUAUAAGGGCUCCAGCAUCAUAGACUGGCCCCAAAGUCAUGUGCUUUUUAACAAAGAUAAUAUUGUGUCUUUUGACAUUGGAAUGCCCCUUGCCCAUUCCCAGUAAGUGUGUGUCAGUUGUGUUAUCCACUCUCCCAAAUAUAUUGAGAGGUGACUGUGACCCCUGCAGCCAGAUUUUUCACUCCACAUCCAUACUCCGCUAUUAAUUUUGCGUGCCAACCUACAAAUUGAUCCUGUCCCCAGUCCUCUCAGCUGUUUCUCUUCCACAUUUCCCCUCUGCCCAGCCUCCAGACAACCAUAGGUCAGUUCUUCCCCUACAUCAGUGCUGUCUGUUAAUUACCCUCACCUCUGAUUCUCUGAGGGCAUUGCAUUUCCAUGUCCUGGGCCAUCUUCCAGGUUGAGGGAGGAAGGCUGUUCUCAGGGUUGUCACUUUCUUCCCAGGCUUCAUGCUACGGGGAGUAGAAGGGAUACAAGCACAGGAAACAGCAUUUUGCUCACAGAAAGGGAGCUGCCUCUGUGGUGUUGUAGUUGUGUGCAUAUAUAAAUUUCAUUCCUCAGCCUACUUUUUUCUGUGCAUUAAUCUUGAGGCAUUGCGCAAUGAGAGCUGGAUAUAAGCAUAAAUAUAUGACAUUAGAAGAAAACAGGUUAGGUUGAAUCUUGCCAUCCUUAUGCAUGUGAAACCCCCAGUGAUCAAAAAGAGAGUUUAGCUUGAAUAAGGAUGGCUGGGAACUUAGGUCUACAUUUCUUUAAUUCUCACUUUUAACUCUAGUUUUAAGGAAACUAAAGAGCAUCUAAGAUUGCUCCAUCAACAUCAGUACAAGAUGAGCAUGAAUAAUGCAAAUUGUAUGUGUUAAUACUAUCACUAGAUGUAUUCUUGUUUCUGCACAAUAAUACAGUUACAAAUUGUUCAAGGUGUUGUGAAUGUAUUUCUAAACUGCCAAACCACUGAGACAUGCUGUUGUACAAUACAUAACUGUGGGCAUGUAUAUGAACCAUUUUAAUCAUUUAAUAUUAUCUAAGCUCAAUGAUGAGGCUGGUUACUGAAGGGAUUGUUUCCUACCAUUACCAUGUUCAGACUCCAGCAGAAAGGUUCAGGACAGAAUGGGUAUGGAGCACAAACUCUCAAGAAAACAUUAAUGUAUCCUCCUCAGGCUGUUCCUGGUCUAUGAAUAAACAGAAGAUUUAAUCCAUCUACCUCUUUUCAUAUGCAAAAGAAAAAAGUGCAAACAAAAUCCAAUUAGUUGAUUCAUCAGAAGAAUGUCAGUUUGAAGCUGUGCUAGUAAAAAUACCCUUAUACAGCUAAAGUUUGUCUUUCUUUAAUUUGGGAGGGGGGAGGGGGGAGAAAUCCAGAAGAGAGUAGUCCAGCUCCUCUAGAGUACAUUGAAACCUAGUAGGAAAUGUAUUUACAGUUAUAUUUACAGUUAUACUAACAUUUGCUCUAACAAUUAUGAAUACAGUUCCAAGAGAAGAUUGUAUAUAUGGCUUUGUGGAUGCAGAGUUUCUACCAUAGUUCAGUUACAAGACUGAUGCUAGUCUACAUUUUGUACCAAAAUAUCAUGUUCUCUGCACUGUAUUUACCGUUAUACCUAAAUAUGUACUUUAUACACAUAAAAAAUAAAUCUUAUAAUCAUGGACUUGUA